CAAAGAGAACAACAAACUUUGCGAAUGGUGUUGUGAAAAUGUGAAAACGCCCAUUAAACACAAAAUGCAUUCCACCCAGGCACGCAAUAAGAUCUUCAAGAGUUGGUCGGGCAUCAGCGAGGUGUCCAUCAUCAAGGAAGUGGCCACAAAAGGCGAACACAUCGAUCUGUGCAUGGAGUACUGGGCUGCCAAGCAGAAGAUUCCCGUCUCCGAGUACCGUCACUACUUCUACGACGUCGUCGACGCCUAUGUGCGUCGCCUGCUCUCCGAGCGUCUCGUCUGCAAGGCGGACAAUGUGCUGCACAAUGUGGAACGUGAUGUGAAGUGUUUCUUCUAUCAAUAUGCCUGUGAAUGCAAUGAUGCGGAUCUCAGUGAAUUUGUGCUCGAUCAUCUGCGCUGCCGUGAUCCGCAGCUGUUUGAGCAGGAGCAAACAGUGCUGGAAUACUACUGGUCAUUGGUGAAACAGCUGCGCGAAUGCAGCGAUCUCUUGAACAAACAUAAAUCAACUUUGCCACGCGUUCACAUCGAGGCGCUGAUGACGCUGCCCGAGCACACGCUGCAGCUGCUGCUCGUGGAACUCUACUUUGCCAAUCACAACGAUGAGUUGUUGCCGGAGCUGAAGAAGCAGCUGGUCUGGCAGUAUCUGGUGGACACUGCUCAGCUGGACAGAUUGCGUCGCUGGUGCUGGUGUCAGGAUGCAGACGACACUGUGGAAUUAAAGCCCUUGGAGCAAGCUUAUGCGGUGUGGAGACUCGAACCUGCCAUGUACGAGUAUGCGCUGGAACACUUGGAGCAACCAUGCGAACCACUACGCAAUUAUUUUGCACAAGCUGGAUACUUCUUUGCAGCCGAAGCGGCGGAUGUGUCGACGGUGCUGCGUCGCCUGUGCACCAUGCAGUGCCUGGAUCAGCACAAGGAGCUCAUCUGUCGCCUGCCAAUGGCACGCCAUCUGCUCGAACGUGGCUAUUACUCGCUGCUGCUUCUGGAUUGCGUACCCGUGAGUGCUUUGGAGCAGCUGGCUGGCGACAACGAGCCUUUGCUGACGCUGCUCAUCGAACUGAAGACUCAUGAUCCCACAGAGCGUGAGGGAUUCGAGCUGUUGUCCAAGAGUGUGCAGAGCUAUUUGGAGCGCACGCACAAUGCCGCCGAAUCGCUGCAGGAGCAGCCGCUGCUCACGUUCUUUGACUUUCUGUGCCACGAGCCCAGCGUGCUGGGGCUCGAGGGUUUCCUCUCCUCCAGCAAUCUCAGUCGCGUGCCCUAUUUGAAGUCGCUGAUGUCACGCUUCGAGCGUCAUGUGCCCGGCAAUGCUGCGGCAGUUUUGCCCAGCCCUCACGAUCUGUUUAACAAGUUCAAGCACGUGAAUCUGGAUGCCUUGGCUGCUGCACAUCCAGGUGAGCUGAUCAGCUUUUCGAAUGCACGCCUUAGUCAACGCUAUGCGAGGAAAGCGCAGCUGAAUUACACGCAUUAUCUGAAGCAACAGCGCAGCGCUUAUGCUGUGUACUAUUUUCUGAUGGAGCAACUGCAGCUUUAUGGCCAGAUCACACGCACUCAGCUGUUCCAUGCCUGCGAGACGGCCACGCAGUUGGCACUGCAGCAUGCUGGCGACGAGGAGCUGGUCACGCAUUGUGUGGCUUGCUGUGAAAUGCUGGAUUUCGAUACGCAAACGUUGCGCAGUUUUCUGCACUUGCAACGCCGCUUGCCGGCAACGAGCUCGGCCAGCAGCUACACGGAGCAACUACAGCAUUGGGAUAGAGCCUUGGUGCACGAGCUACAGCAGCAGUCAGCAGAGUUUCCACUGGAAUCGUACACAGCACUGAUGCGUUUGGCUGCGCGUAAUCUGCAGGGUAAAUGGCCAACGGCAAUGCUGCAACAUUUUGCGGCAAGCAACGAGUGGUGGCAACUGCUGUUGCUCUUCCAGUACUUUGAUCUGCCGCUCAGCGAACUACAGCAGCUACUGCCGCACUUCAAAUGCCGUGCUCUUGGCGUGCACAUGCUGCGCGCCCUCAGCUACGAUUGCAGCCAUGAGCGGCAACACAAACGCGCCGCCAAUCGACAGACGCGACGCGGCGAUGGACAAACCAAUUCGUCGCAAGACAAUAUGACUAACUCGUCACACAGCUCGGGCUUAGAUGCGAAUCUGCAGCAAUUGCAGCGCGAUUCGGGGCAAUCCAUGUGCAGUCUGCUCACCCAUAAUGCUCAGCAGGAUGUGUUUGCCAUUGUGCUGUGCAGCAGCAACAAUUUGCCCGACGAAUGCAUCGGCAGCACAGCCAACUUUGUUGAGCUGAUGCAGAGCAGCGGUCAGCAUUGCACCAGCAUCAAUCUGCUGAAGCACUGCGUCCGCCAUCAAAUGCCUAUUCUGGCUGUGCUGGCGGCAACGCUCAGCGACCAGAAUCGCGAUUGGUGCUGGCUCGUUUGGUUGGCGGUAGCCAGCGGCCAGUGGACGCAACUGCUGCUGGAAGCGAGCAGAUCGAGGGAGCAAGAGCAAGAGGAGUACGUUUGGUCACUCAUACGCAACGUGGUCAAGGAGGGGCAGGUGAAUGCGCUGCUGCACAGCUUUUGCAUCUUUCAGCCGGACUGCAAAUUCGUGCAUCUGUGUCGCUUCUUGCAACUCACCGCGCAGCAUCAGGAUUUCAGUGACGCCACCAUUGUGGAGCUGCGUUACUUUCUGUGCAGCUGGAGCCAGGAUGCAGUUCAGCUGCCACUCUGCGCUCCACUUGCACGCAAGCAGUUGAUGCAACGCUGCAUUGGCCUGUUGCUGUUGCAGUUGCAAUGCAACUUUGACUGCAGCAUGCAACAGCAAAAGUUUCUCGAGUGCAUCUGUCGCUCCGAUGUGGGCGACAUUUGCGAUCUGCUCGACUUUUGCCUGCUGCAUCGCAUUUUCGGUGUGGCCGCCACUUGGAUACGCCAGCUGGGCAUUGACUACGAGCUGCUGGUGCGCAGAGACAGCGCCGAAUACAAGCGUCUGGUGGAUGCGCUGACCGAGGCCAAGGCCUACGAGGAGGCACUGCAGCUGGCAGCGCUGUUGCAGCUGCCGCUGGCCGACAUUGUGUAUGCCAAGUGGCUGGCAGAGCUGGAGGCCGGGCAGCUCCAUCAGCAUGCUGAGUACGAGCGAGAGAUUGAGCAGCAUGCUCUGCCUCCGGCCAUAUUGGUGAACUUCUUGCUGCAAGCUGCUGCCCAGCAACCGGAGGAAAAUCUGCGACGUCGCUACGAGCUGCUGCAGAGUGCGCUGGGUGUGAUCAAGCAGCAUCAUUUGUUUCCCAACGAAAGCUUCGAUCGGGAUCAAAUCGAAUACGACAUGGUCAUGUGCUACGUGCAGCUGGAGCUGGAGCAGGAGACGGAACCAGUGACGAUUUAUCACUCAGAGUACUUUGAGCAGAUUAUGCGACAGGAGCGUUGUGUGCUCUACAAAUCCUUCUCAGAGCUGAAAGAGUUGGCGGGCAUCGAUGAUCUCAGCAUUGCAAACAAGUCGCAGUUGACGCCAGAGAUGGAGCAGCGUUUGGAUGGAUUGCUACAACUGCUGCUCGACGAGGGCGACAUUGUGGAGGCACUGCGUCUGCAAGAGCUCUUCGAGUUUCGUCCGAAUGACUUGCGCUUCAUUGUGUUUGCCAUGGCGCUGGCCGAGGGCAUGACCAGCAUCGUCAAUCUGUCCAGCAAGGAGCGUCAAUUGCUCAGCGACAUUGAGAAGAGCACAUUCCCGAAAUUCAAUCGUCUGACACUCAAUCAGAAUCCGCUGGGCAGAUGCAGCAGCGAUUUGUCCGCCAGCUGUUCCACGCUAGAGUUUGAGGAGAUACCUUCUAAGGAGAAGCAGCAAACCCUGGACACGCUGCUCGGCAUUGGGUCCAAGCUGAAACAUGGCGUAGAGCUGGGCAGGCGCAUUGUCCUAGCCUAUCGCGCAGCCAUGUAUCUGGAUAAGGAGUAUCUAGAUGUGUUGCGCACCAAGGAUGCCAGUGUGCUGCUGCGGAGCGCCGCUGAGGAGGAUUGUCUGCAGCGUCUGUUGGUGGUCAGCGAUAUAUACAUUUCCACACGACUCACGCCCAAAGAGAUUGCCGACUCCUUGGCGCUGGAGCUGACCACUUGCAUUGUGCGGCCGAGAUUCUACAUAUUCCAUGCCAGCCAACAGCCACGGAAUGCGCCGCGGAACGCAGAUCUCUGGGGUCACAGCAUCGACAAAGAUUUCCAUUUGUUCCUAGAGCUGACGCCAAACACAACGAUGCUGGGCAACUGUCUGCUGGAGUACUGUGAUGCUUUGAAGGCUUAUCGUCGUUACCAGGAUAAGAAACCCUUCGAACCCAGCGAUGCCUUUGAGCGUCUGUCGGGCAUCAUUACACUCUAUGGAUUGCCUAACGUUGCCAACAGCAGCAGCAGCAAUGCGCCUGGCUCGCCAGCUAUUCCCCAAGUGUUGUCUCACAAGAAGCAGAAUCAGAUCUAUGUGGAGCUGCUGAUCAAAGCGAAUCUGUGCUUUGUGCACGAGUGCUCCAUGGAGGGCAUUGCCAGUGUGCUGGAGCGUGCCAAGCAUCUCAAUGGACAGUUAGCCAAGGCAAAGUCGUGGUCACUGAUUGUCCGAUUGCUGAUUGGCAUCGCACGCUAUCGCGAGAUGUUCUAUUGCUUCGAUUCGCUCAUCGAGAACGAGCAGUUUGAGUCGCUGUUGGGACAAUUCGAUGACGAUCAGAAGAGCGGAUUACGUCAGGCGAUUUUGGCCUAUUUGCGUGAGUACAAUCCUAAGAAUGGCAAGGAGCUUUUGCGCCUCGCAGCCCAUCACUUUCUCAUGUACAAAGAGCUGGCCGAGAUGUGGUCAGGAGAAGCACAGGAUGUGCUGGCAACCAUCAGCUCUGCUGCAGCCGAUCAAGGCAGGUUAAGAUGCUCCCAGGGCUUGCAGCAAUUGUUGCAGCAGGCGCUGGAGAACUACACGCAUGCCACGGAGAAUUAUCUGCUGGACAACAAACUGAUUCUCGCCCAGCAGAGUGUCGCACGUGCCGAGCUGAUGGCCAUGCAGCUGGAUCUGUGCAACAAGGCGCUUGAGAAGCGUGGUGGAUCAAGCAGCGGCAGCAAUCAAGCGGUGCCUUUCUGCGUCAGCGUUAUUGGCGUGCAAACAAGGGAACAAUUCCGCGAACUGGUCAACCAGCAAUUGAGUGUGCCACAAACUUUGAUAUUGAGUCGAGCCUAUGGGUAUGAUGUCAACUGGAGUGAUGCGCUUCUAACGCAAUUUGUGGUACUGCAGCGACGCAACUAUCUGCAGGAAUAUCUCUGCCAUCUGCGCAUCAACGACAAUGUCAUUGAGCAGGUGGCCAAGGGAUACAUACUUUAUACGCAGCAUAAUGCACCCACUGGCCAGCAGCAGGAAUCUCUAGGACAACUGGUGGAACACAUACGUUCCGUCACCCUCAAAUACAAAUUGGCUUCGAUAUUGGGCCUUAAAUUGAUUGUCAUGUCGCUUAUCAAUGAGCAAACUGUGCACUAUCUACGUGAUACGAAUUACGGGCGCAACGAGCCUCACAAUGUUGCGAAUAUGUGACACAUAAUAUGUGAUUUUUUAUUAUAUACUAAAUAUGUACUGAUUGUAAUG